UGUUAGGUGAUUAUUUUUUUUAACUUGUUAUUUUACUACAGUGUUAUGCUGAAUGCAUAAGAGCUGCACUUCCCAGCUCUGUUCUCUGGCAGACUUUGAGCUUUGCAUCAAAAUGUUUAAGAGGCAAAGGAGCAAAAAUAUUCUGCUUUUCUGGGUGUGCACAGACUCUGAUUCGUGCUACUGAUGUAUUGGACUCCAGGCGAAGAGCCACAGGUUGAGCGCUGGGUCCUCCCCAGUCACGAUCCCUCCCUUGGCUCCCCCUCCUCUGGCAUUGCUAUCACCAACAAACGCUUUUGAAAACAUGGACCCCCUGAAUUUCACUUCUCUGUAUGAAUUAAGGUGUUGAACUUCGAUACAAGGCAGGCUUAGAGGUGUAGUUUUUGAGUAGAGAGUAGGAAAUAAAAUAACCUGCUUGGGAAACUUUGUGUUAAAGAGUCAGAUCUGUCUCAUAUUUAUCAGGAGGUAAAGACAGUCUGAGGAGAUGCCCAAUAGGAAAUCCCUGAGAUGGUAAAUAAAUGAGGCGAUUAUAUGGGACACACCUCCCCAGGACGACACAGGGUCCCAAGAAAAGUUGCUACAAUGCCUGACAAGUGUGUUCCUGGAGAGCAAGAGGUUUUGGUGCAUUUACCGGGCCCUCAGGAGGGAAAUUCCUCUAUAGACAUCCCAUUUUCCAAGUGAUGCUCUUAACUGGUUUAAGGCUUCCCCAAACACCAUUGCCUCCAAAUGAGUUUCUGAUGUUUGGUUUUGUCUUCUGAAUCUGAGGUUUUGAACUUCAGGUCUUGCAGAGGCAUCUCUCCUGCUUCUAUUUUGUGUCUUUUGAUAACUGAAAUUCUAAUUGAAUUUCUAAUUCUAAAUUCAAAUUGAAAUUCUUCCUGAUGAAGUUUGUCCAAUGUCUGUAGGAAGCAUCAUUUGUUUGGCUUUCUGACUUCAUGUGCCAGUUUCCAGGGUUACUUGCUUCUUGUUCCAAAGGCAAAAGUAAGACUAGAACCAAUAGAAAUUUAAUGGAAAUGUUUUUAAAAGUCCUGGAUUUGCUCCUUUUUUGUUUCUUUUUAAAUGAGGGGUUUGUUACAUCUGUAGAGGUUCAGUGCAGUUUUUACGAGACCAUCAUGUUUUCCAUGUUAUCCAAAUACUCCAGCGUGAACCUUUGUUUACUGCCCCAACAUCCUGGGCUGCUGCGUUGGGUUCAAAACAACUGAAAUAGAGACCUAGAUUAAAAAAGUAGCACUUCCUAGAAAUCCUAAUCGCCUUUAACCUCCAUGGUCGCUGCGGUGGGGAAGUGCCACAGGAAGCUCCAGGCAGGGAAAGCAACAGGGAGAUAAACCUUGUGCUAACAGAGGGUACACAGGGAUCCUGGAUCCUUCGCCCCUGGAACACACAAAUAUUUAGUUCUUCCAAAAACAAACAAUGAAGGGAACAGAGUAGUAGAACCGUUGAUUAACUCCAGCUGCCCGAUCCGUGAAAUCAGGAAGCGAUGUCCAAGGGGAAAAGAGCACGAUGCAUUUGAGGUUACUUUGAUUUUUUUUUUCGGUUUGAGCUGGUUUAAAAGAUUAAAAUACAAAAACAUGUUCUGAGGUUCCCUCCCUGCUUGGCUUCUGGGAAGGUCGUGGAACCAGUCAGCUCGGAAGCUGUUGCUGUUCUUGCACGGGAUAUUUGCUGCUUGGCCACGUGAUGGAAGCUGGAGCUGAGAUAAAUAUUCCCCAUAAAAACAUCCCCCAAUAAAUGCUCCCUGUUCGGUAUUUAGGAGGAUAUAAAGAAGCACAUUGGUGUUUUAAUGCUGCCCUCCUCUAGCUAUACUAGAGUUAUAAUUGGGUGAAAACAUGACAAAAUAGUCUCUUACCAGCCUGCUGAAGAGAGACAUUGGAAGCAUCUAUUUUAGGCUACUUUUAGCAUCUGAACACUUUCCGCUGUAGACCAUGUGGGGAGAAGGCACAUAUAUAACAGGGAAGGUUUAGGGUCUGGUUACAAUAUCUAGAGCAGAUGAGCCGCGUUUUGCCAACAAACCACGUGUCUAAGACAAAACAUAAAUUCGCUGCAAGAAAUGUCGGCUCCGAGGCUCAGCUGUAUGUGCAAAGUCAACCAGAGCUGCUGGACUUGAGCUGCUGCAGAUGGGAAAAUGCAGGGGAUAGUCAAGAAAGCCUCAAAAAUAUUCCAGCAAACCCUUGCUCUUCUAUGGAAAAAUAUUCUAUUGGUGUGGAGGACGAAGACACAAAGUUUUCAGGAAUGGAUUACAUCGGCAGCUUUUCUCUUGGUAACACUGCUGUCAACAACUACGAUAGGCAGCUACCCACGGCAAGAAGUGCCUUAUAGGUUCCUUGGCCGAUUAGAUGCUCCUGCCUUUAGGUCCGAGGGAGUUACAUUGGCAUACACACCUGUAACAAACACCACCAGGAAAAUAAUGAGCAAAGUGGCUUCGGAUUCUGUAAUGGCAGGUGUAACAAUAGAAGAGGUGGAAAAUGAGGAAGAACUGGAAGUGAGAGGAUUUUCGCAGGAAGAAAUUAUUGGUGUUGUUUUUAAGGAUGACUUCUCCUACUGUCUGAGAUUUCAAGGCUACAGUGUGGUAUCUCCAAAUGAUGCCUAUGGAGACAUGGAUACCUGCUAUGAUUAUUCAUCAGUUUACUGCAAAGUUCCUUCAUACUGGUAUAAUGGUUUCCUACCAGUGCAGUCCAGCAUCGAUGCAGCAAUCAUAGAAGUGAAAACAAACCAUUCCGUCUGGGAGGAGAUGAAGUCAAUUAGCGGCGUUCGUCUGGAAUCACCCUCGAUCAAACUUGUGUAUAAACGGGAUUAUAUUUGGUUCAUUAUGUACACUAUGCUGUGCUUCUCCCCAUUUAUGUACUUUUUAUCGGUGAAAGUUAUGAAAGAGAAAAAGAAGCUCAAGGUGCUAAUGAGAGCAAUGGGUUUGCACGACAUCUCCUUCUGGUUAUCCUGGAGCUUGCCGUACACCGUGUAUGUUGCAAUAACAGCGAGUCUGCUGGCAGUUAUCAAGAAUGAAGGAGUCAUCCAUGACCACAAUGUUUUCAAAGAAUUUUUAUUUUAUUUCUUUUACGGCAUAGCAUCUAUUCACUUCUUUUUCAUGCUCGGCUCAUUGGUAAAGCAGCCAAAAAUUGCCGCUUUUGUGGGAUUCGUCCUUCACAUCAUCUUUGGACUCCUGGGCCUUUUGACGUUGUUUGAAAAAGUACCACGGUCUUUGGAAUGGAUUUUUAAUCUUUUCAGUCCUUUUGCCUUCACAGCUGGCAUCUCCAAGAUGGUAAAAUUACACAAAUAUGGACCAGACUCUACACCAGAAUUGUACCCUUUCCUUAACCUAUACAUCAUAUUGACCCUUGACAGUGUCUUGUACUUGCUGUUGGCCAUCUACUUUGAUAAGGUGUUGCCUGGCAAGUACGGAGCAGCGUAUCCGCCCUUUUUCUUUCUGAGCCCAUCGUACUGGUUCAGGCCCCGGAACGGGUACACGGGGAUAGGAGCUGGCAGGAUGGGCAGCCAUGGUCCCAUCCUCAGCAACAACACCGAGCCGGUGCCUCCUGACUUCCAUGGGAAAGAAGCGAUCAGACUAAACAAUGUUACAAAAAUAUACAAGAAGGACAAGUUAACUGAAGGUUUAAGAGGUGUGUCCUUAAAUAUAUACGAAGGACAGAUCACCGCGCUACUUGGUCACAGUGGAUCUGGAAAAACUACUCUCUUAAAUGUGCUCGGUGGCUUUUCCAAUCCAUCAGCAGGUUCUGCAAUGAUCUACAACUACAAAGUCUCUGACGUAGAGGAUAUGGAAGGAAUUCAGGCAUUGGUCGGGUUUUGCCCCCAAUUUAAUUUGCAUUUUGAACUCUUAACGGUGAAGGAAAACCUGAGAACUUUUGCUCACAUAAAGGGAAUUCAGUGGAAGGAAGUAGAGCAAGAGGUGCAGAAAGUUCUCGUCAUGUUGGACCUCACCGACCUUCAGGAUGUCUGUGCCAAUACUCUAAGUGGGGGACAAAAAAGAAAAUUGUCUCUUGGAAUUGCAAUUUUAGGGAAUCCCCAGGUGUUGCUUCUGGAUGAGCCAACAGCUGGGUUGGAUCCCUGCUCCAGGCACCACGUGUGGAACCUUCUGAAGGAACGUCAGGCUGGACGCGUGACGCUGUUUGCCACCCAGUCCAUGGAGGAGGCCGAUGCUCAUGCUGAUCGGAAAGCUUUUCUGUCAAAUGGGAGAUUACAGUGUGUUGGCUCAUCUCUGUACUUGAAGAGAAAAUGGGGAAUUGGCUAUCACUUAAGGAUGCGCAUAAACGACCUGUGUGACCCUGAUCUCACCUCGUCCCUGGUCAGACAGUACAUCCCCAAUGCCGUGCUCAAAAGACAGAAGGGAGACGAGCUGUGUUACACGUUACCUCUGGAAAACACCAACAGCUUCCCAGACCUGUUCAGCCAUCUCGAGAGCAGUCUUCUGCAGGGGGUUGUUAGUUAUGAAGUUAACAGGACAACCCUGGAAGAUGUUUUCCUGAAGCUGGAGGGCAAGGAAGCCAUUGGUCAUGAAGAAGACAUAGACCUUGAUGGGAGGGACCAGAGCCUCCCGGGAUUUUCAGAACUGGGGAGCACAGCAGUGACUGGGAUGGCACUUUGGAGGCAACAAGUCUGUGCCAUGAUGAGAAUUCGCUUCUUAAAACUGAAGCACGAAGGAAAGUUCCUCGCGUCCAUAUUGCUGUUCUUUGGAAUGUUUAUCCUUCCACUUCUUAUGAUUUUCAUUGACAUUAAACUGUGGAAUGACUCUGGCAACUGGGAAAUUUCGGCUAGCCCAUAUUUCCUUCCCACCAAAGUGAAAAUUCAAAAUAAGUCAACAAAUCUUCUCAUCUUCAAUGAUACAGGAUCAGAAAUUGAGGAUUUCAUUGCUGCUUUGAAGGCUCAAAACAUAAACCCAGAAAUAAGUUUUGAGAAAAAUGUCACAAGCAUUCCACUAUAUAAUGGAGCUAUAAAAUUAUCCCUGGAAGGCAAGAGCUACCGCUACACGGUCCUGUGCAGCGUCGAACCCAUCAACUGCCUCCCCGUGCUCAUGAACAUCCUCAGCAACACCUUCCUCAGGCUCUUCAACUCCACCGCGCCGAUCCGUGUUUGGAGCGAUCCCUUUUACAGAAUAGGAAGCCCGUAUACAAAGGAAAGUCUUUUUACUUUCUGUCUCACCUAUGUGCUAACUUUGGCUGCUGGUUUGCCUCCUCACUUCGCAAUGAGCGCCAUGGAGGAUUACAAGCUCCAGGCUCGCUCCCAGUUGCGGCUGGCGGGGCUCUACCCCUCAGCAUACUGGUGUGGGCAGGCGCUGGUGGACGUCCCGCUCUUCUGGACCUUGAUGUGCCUCAUGUUCGGGGUCAUCCUGCUCUUCAACCCUAUCUUUCCCUUGGAGUCCUGGACCGUGCCGCCCCUGAUCAUUUGUCUCAUUGGUUAUGGGGUGUCUGUCAUCCUUUUUGUCUACUUAAUUGCCUUCAAAUUUCGCACGGGACGAAGCAAUCGUUACAUUUGGUCUUUCAUCUUCAUUCUGGUGAACAGCAUUGUCUUUAUGGUCAGUAACAUACACACUGCAACUUACUUCACCUUCUCUACUUUGAUUCCUGUGUUUGCACCGCUGGCCUGGUUGAUCUUUGCUGUACAUAAUUUCCCACUCUACUUUGUAGGACAUUUCGAGAGACGGGGUGAAAUCUUCGUAUCUGCCUUUGCACCUUACAUCCAGUGUGUGAUCUUUGCUUUUCUCCUGCGCUGUUUAGCGUUGAGAUCUGGAGAAGCGGUGACAAGACUCGAUCCCAUCUUCAGGAUCCAGCAGAGGAGAGCGGUCGCUCGGCAGAACAGGGACCCCCCUGGGGAGGAGCCCCCCGAGGUGCAGGCGGAGCGGGAGCGGGUGCGGAGCGCGAUGGCCUCGCUGCAGCACCAGGAGGAGCCGGUGAUCAUGGUCAACGGUUUGCACAAGGAAUACGACGAUAAGAAAGGCUGUUGCGUCUUUAAGAAAAAGAAGAAAGUUGCUAUCAAAAACCUCUCUUUUAGUGUUAAAAAAGGGGAAGUAUUAGGCCUGUUAGGACCCAAUGGAGCUGGGAAAAGCACAACUAUAAAUAUGAUUUCUGGAGACAUAACGGUGACUGCUGGGGAGGUGAUGCUGGCGGGCCAGGAUGCAGAUGUCCCCUCCCCGGGGUCCCUGGGCUGCUGCCCCCAGCGGGACCCGCUCUGGCCAGACCUGACGGUGCAGCAGCACCUGGAGACCUACGCUGCCGUGAGAGGGAUGAGCAGAGAGGACAGAGCUGUUAUCACCAGCUGCUUAGCAAGAGCCUUGGAUCUCCAGAAGCAUCUAGAAACCCCAGCCAGGAGGCUAUCUGCUGGAGAAGCCAGGAAGUUGUCUUUUGCGCUGAGCGUCCUGGGCGACCCGACGGUGAUGGUUUGGGAUGAGCCGUCGGUGGGCAUGGACCCCAAAGGACAGCGCCAAAUGUGGCGGCUGAUCCGGAGGGCCGUGCAGGGCAGGGAGCGGGCGGCCGUCCUGUGCACGCAGUACCUGGAGGAGGCGGCGGCGAUCUGUGACCGGGUGGCCAUCCUGGUGGCCGGGCAGCUACGGUACAUCGGUUCCCUUGAGGAUCUGAAAAGUAAGUUUGGCACGAGUUACCGCCUGGAAGUCAAGAUGAGGGACGCGGAGCACAGCAAUGCUCUCCAUGCCGAAAUCGUGCGCCUCUUCCCCCGCGCGGCUUGGCAAGAAAGGACGACUCAUCUGCUGAUCUACAAGAUACCAACAGAAGAUGUGCUACCUCUGUCCCAAUCUUUCUCCAAGCUAGAAGCAGCUAAACAGAAUUUCAGGCUUGAGGAGUACAGCUUGUCAUUGCACACCUUGCAACAGAUGUUCAUCGACCUCACCCGGGAGCUGCAGGAGCAGGACCUGGAUGCUGCACCUGAUGGGGCCACGGAGCAGCGACCGCUUCACGUCUGAGCCCUUGGAGUCACAAAGGAAAAUAUUCAGUGUAUUUCAUCCGUGUUACUGAUCCAUCUGAUUGGUUGGAACCCAUGUCACACCACAUACAGCUCUGCAGGUUUUCUGCCUCGCGAAGAAAAAAAAAUAGAGUUAUUAUUUUAAUAAAUAAAGCCUUUAUCCUUUGACAAA